AUGGACCCUGAGGACGAGGCGGGCUGGGAGUUACAUGUUCCAAAAUGGAGAGGGCUGGGCCUAACGGAUCCUAUCAAGGCGGUCGAGGAUAAAUGGCUGCUGCUGCCUGCCUUCCUCAAAGUCAAAGGAUUGGUGAAGCAGCACAUUGACUCGUUCAACUAUUUCGUCGACGUGGAUAUCAAAAGCAUACUUCGCGCAAACAGCAAGGUGACCUCCGACGUCGAUCCUCGCUUCUGGCUGAAGUACACCGACAUCCACGUAGGCUUCCCCGACCGUACCGACCCCGACGCUGUUGACAAAAGUGUUACCCCUCACGAGUGUCGUUUGCGGGACACCACAUACUCCGCUCCUAUCCUCGCUACUAUCCAGUACACCCGUGGCAAGAACGUUGUGCGCAGGCCUAACGUGAACAUUGGUCGUCUACCCAUUAUGCUCCGGAGUAACAAGUGUGUGCUCAGCGGGCGGACGGAGAUCCAGCUUGCGCGCAUGAGUGAAUGCCCUCUCGACCCUGGAGGGUACUUCGUGGUGAAGGGCACGGAGAAGGUCAUCCUGGUCCAGGAGCAGUUGAGCAAGAAUCGUAUCAUUGUCGAAGUCGACCCUGUCAAGGGCGUCGUGCAAGCGUCCUGCACAUCUUCGACACACGGAGGUCUCAAGUCCAAGACGUACGUUGCGACUAAGAAGGGCAAGAUCUACCUCCGCCAUAACUCGAUACAUGAGGAUGUGCCCAUUGUGAUCGCUUUGAAGGCUCUCGGCUUCCAAUCCGACAAGGAAAUAUUGCUCCUUACUGCGGGGAACAACGAAGCCUACAAGAGUGCCUUUAGUCCUAACCUGGAGGAGGCCGCCAAGUCAGGCGUGUUCACGAAGCACCAGGCUCUUGAAUACAUCGGUAGCCGCGUCAAGGUGAACCGCAAAGUCAUCGGACCGCGACGGCCAGCUUGGGAAGAGGCUCUUGAGGUCCUUGCUACUAUCGUUCUUGCGCACGUACCUGUCGUUAACAUGGACUUCCGCGGAAAGGCUAUCUUCGUAGCUACGAUGACGCGGAGGGUACUCAUGGCAAUGGAUGACGAGAAGAUGGUGGACGAUCGAGACUAUGUGGGCAACAAGCGGCUCGAGCUUGCCGGACAGCUGCUGGCUCUACUUUUUGAGGACCUAUUCAAGACUUUUAACACUAAUCUUAAGUCGGCUAUCGACAAGGUCUUGAAGAAACCGUCGCGGACAUCGGAGUUCGACGCGUUCAACACGAUGCAGUUCAUGGGCGACCACAUCACGGCUGGCUUUGUGCGUGCGAUCAGCACAGGCAAUUGGUCGCUGAAACGCUUCAAGAUGGAGCGAGCGGGUGUUACGCACGUCCUCAGUCGGCUCUCGUUCAUCAGCGCACUUGGUAUGAUGACGCGCAUCAGCUCCCAGUUCGAAAAGACGAGGAAGGUGAGUGGGCCACGAGCGCUGCAGCCGAGUCAAUGGGGAAUGCUCUGCCCCAGUGAUACACCUGAAGGCGAGGCAUGCGGUCUCGUUAAAAACCUCGCCUUGAUGACACAUAUCACCACGGACGUUGACGAGGAGCCAAUCGUCCGAUUGGCGUAUAUGCUCGGCGUAGAGGACAUCAGCACUGCGACUGGCACCGAAAUUUACGGUCCACACACGUAUGUCGUCAACGUCAACGGUUCCAUUAUCGGCCUCACUCGCUACCCUGGCCGUUUUGUGCACAAUUUCCGAAAGCUUCGUCGUGCUGGUCGCCUAAGCGAAUUCGUGAGCGUGUACAUCAACCACCACCAUCGUACGGUCCUCAUUGCGAGCGACGGAGGCCGCAUCUGUCGACCGAUGAUCAUCGCCGACAGAGGCCGUCCUCGCGUUACGACGGAGCAUAUUCUCUUGCUAAAGGAGGGCAAGAUGACGUUUGACGACUUCUUGAAGCAAGGUCUCGUUGAGUACCUCGACGUCAAUGAGGAGAAUGAUUCGUACAUUGCUUUGUACGAGAGCGACAUUGUCCCCACAACGACUCAUCUGGAGAUAGAGCCGUUCACUAUUCUUGGCGCCGUUGCCGGUCUUAUUCCGUAUCCACACCAUAACCAGUCGCCUCGGAACACCUACCAAUGUGCCAUGGGUAAACAGGCGAUCGGCGCGAUAGGGUACAACCAGCAGAGCCGUAUCGAUACGUUGCUCUAUCUGUCAGUUUACCCGCAACAGCCGAUGGUGAAAACUAAGACCAUCGAACUUAUCGGGUACGAUCGCUUGCCCGCUGGCCAGAAUGCCACAGUAGCCGUGAUGAGCUACUCGGGAUAUGAUAUCGAAGAUGCGCUCAUCCAGAACAAGGCUAGUCUGGACCGAGGAUACGGACGUGUACAGGUUUUGCGCAAGAACGCGACGCUGAUCCGCAAGUACCCCAACGGAACAUAUGAUCGCUUGGCGGAUGCUCCGGUGGAUGAGGGCAGUCAAAUCCAGAAGAAAUACGACAUCAUCCAGGCAGAUGGACUCGCAGGCGUCGGCGAGCGUGUUGAUCCUGGUGAUGUGUACAUUAACAAGCAAACACCGACGAAUGCAAACGACAACACCUUCACAGGCCAGGCGGCAACAGUACCCUACAAGAACUCACCCAUGACGUACAAAUCCCCCGUCGCAGGCUAUAUUGACAAAGUCAUGGUCACAGACACAGAGAAUGACCAGACGCUGAUCAAGGUCCUUAUCCGUCAGACGCGGCGCCCCGAGCUCGGGGACAAAUUCUCGUCGCGUCACGGACAGAAAGGUGUUUGCGGGCUGAUUGUCAAUCAAGAAGACAUGCCAUUUAACGACCAGGGCAUCGUGCCCGAUACUAUUAUGAACCCGCAUGGUUUUCCUUCUCGGAUGACGGUGGGCAAGAUGAUUGAGCUACUCGCAGGCAAGGCCGGCGUUCUCGCGGGCAAGCUCCAGUAUGGCACAGCGUUUGGAGGCUCCAAGGUCGAAGACAUGUCCCGAAUCCUGGUCGAGAAUGGUUUCAGUUAUGCAGGGAAGGACAUGCUCACCAGCGGCAUCACUGGUGAGCCCAUGGAGGCCUACGUAUAUUUUGGCCCUAUCUAUUAUCAAGUGAGUCUCUCACACAUGGUCGUGGACAAGAUGCAUGCCCGCGCAAGAGGUCCACGUGCUACGCUGACCCGACAACCUACCGAGGGACGGUCUCGCGAGGGCGGUCUGCGUCUCGGAGAGAUGGAGCGCGACUGUCUGAUCGGCUACGGCGCAACGCAGCUCCUUCUCGAACGCUUGAUGAUUUCGUCGGACAAGUUCGAGGUCAAUGCGUGCGAAGAGUGCGGGCUCAUGGGUUACAACGGAUGGUGCACGUACUGCAAGAGCUCAAAGAAAAUGGCCCAGCUCACCAUCCCAUAUGCCGCAAAGCUUUUGUUCCAGGAGCUUAUGGCUAUGAAUGUCGUUCCGCGGCUGGUGCUUGACGACGCAUGA